UUCACCGACUGAAACAUUUCCAGUGGUCGGAGAAGAUGAUGAUAGAUCUGGGAUCGUUCUCCGACGAGAAAUUCGAUGCCAAGAAAUGGAUAAACAAUGCUUGCCAGUCACGGCAUCCUCAGGAUCCCUUAGACAAGCACCUAGUGGAUCUCGAGAUGAAGCUACAGAUGGUGUCCGAGGAGAUCGCCGCGUCACUCGAGGAACAGAGCUCCGCCGCCAUCCUCCGUGUCCCUCGCGCUACCCGUGACGUCAUCCGCCUCCGCGACGAUGCUCUCUCCCUCCGUCAAUCCGUCGGAUCGAUCCUCCUCAAGCUCAAAAAAGCAGAGGGUUCAUCAGCAGAAUCAAUAGCUACCCUUGCUAAAGUUGAUACAGUCAAGCGGAGAAUGGAAGCAGCUUAUGAAACACUUCAGGAUGCUGCGGGGCUAACUCAAUUAAGCUCCACUGUUGAGGAUGUUUUUGCAAGUAAAGAUCUUCCUCGUGCAGCAGAAACCUUAGCCAACAUGAGGCAUUGUUUGACUGCUGUUGGGGAGGUUGCUGAAUUUGCUAAUAUUAGAAAGCAACUUGAAGUGUUAGAAGAUAGACUGGACUCCAUGGUUCAACCUCGUCUAACAGAUGCAAUAACCAAUCGCAAGGAUAAGGUUGCACAAGAAAUGAGGGAAAUCCUCAUUCGAAUUGGAAGAUACAAGUCCUUGGAGUCUCACUACACCAAAGUCCAUCUAAAACCCAUAAGACAACUAUGGGAGGAUUAUGAAAUGAAGCAACAACAUACUAAAACAAGAACCGAAAGAAACCAAGUUGAAAGCAUAUCAACUUCUCAUGAUUAUCAAUCUCCACCUACAGUUUCAUUUCCCAGUUGGCUACCAAGUUUCUAUGAUAAAUUAUUACUUUAUCUUGAAGAAGAAUGGAAAUGGUCUAUGCGUGCUUUUCCUGAAGAUUACAAGACUCUUGUCCCCAAGCUUUUAAUAGAAGCAAUGGUGGCUGUGGGUGCUAGCUUUGUUUCACGCAUCAACCUUGCAACUGGAGAUGUAGUUCCAGAAACCAGAGCCUUAGCCAAAGGUGUAUUAGAUAUCUUAUCAGGGGACAUGCCAAAAGGUGUCAAAAUACAAACAAAACAUCUAGACACAUUAAUCGAUCUCCACAAUAUGACAGGAAGUUUUGCAAGAAACAUACAACACCUUUUUGGAGAAUCCGAUCUUAACGUAUUAAGAGACACCCUUAAAGCAAUCUACCUCCCUUAUGAAUCCUACAAACAAAGGUAUGGACAAAUGGAGCGUGUCACUCUGUCAUCCGAGAUCGCAGGGAUUGACCUAAGAGGAGCUGUUACUCGUGGUGUUGGAGCACAAGGAAUCGAGCUGAGUGAAACAGUUAGAAGAAUGGAAGAAUCAGUCCCACAAGUGAUUGUCCUUCUAGAAGCUUCUGUUGACCGAUGCAUCAGCUUUACAGGUGGAUCCGAAGCCGAUGAGCUCAUUCUUGCCCUUGAUGAUGUCAUGCUGCAGUUCAUUUCAACCCUACAAGACAUCCUUAAAACUUUAAGAAUCGUAUGUGGGGUCGAUGUUGUUGUUGGUGUUGCCCCUAAGGAAACAGGAAUAGAAAAAGGGAGGAAGUUUGAGAUGUCAAGUGAGGACGAAUGGUCUUAUGUCCAGGGUGCAUUGCAAAUACUCACAGUUGCAGAUUGCUUGUCCAACAGGUCAUCUGUUUUUGAAGCUUCCUUGCGGGCCACACUUGCUAGAUUCAACACAAAUUUGUCCUCUGCUGUAUUUGGGUCAAGUAUUGACCCGAAUUCAUCACAUGAAACAGUUGAUGGAGGUGGAGAUUUAUCCAUGGCUGGAAGAGCUGCUUUGGAUAUGGCGGCUUUGCGGCUGUUUGAUGCUCCAGAAAAAGCCCGCAAGCUUUUUAAUCUUUUGGAGCAGUCAAAAGAUCCACGGUUCCACGCACUUCCAAUUGCAUCUCAAAGAGUAUCCGCAUUUGUGGACACUGUAAACGAGCUUGUGUACGAUGUCCUUAUAUCCAAAGUAAGAAAGCAAUUGAAUGGUGUAUCAAAUCUACCCAUAUGGUCAUCCGUAGAGGAACAAACCACCUUUCACCUUCCAAGCUUCAGUGCAUACGCCCAAUCAUACAUAACAACAGUAGGUGAAUACCUUCUCACUUUACCCCAACAACUCGAACCACUAGCCGAAACCAUUUCAAACAACGAUGCCAAUGCUGAAGAAGCACAAUUCUUUGCAACAGAAUGGAUGUUUAAGGUGGCAGAAGGUGCUGCGGGUUUGUUUAUGGAGCAACUGAGGGGUAUUCAGUAUAUAACGGAACGUGGGGCCCAACAGCUGUCGGUGGAUAUCGAGUAUCUAAGCAAUGUGUUGUCGGCAUUGUCGAUGCCGAUUCCGCCGAUUUUGGCUACGUUUCAUACUUGUUUAUCAACACCAAGGGAUCAGUUGAAGGAUGUGAUGAAAAAUGAUUUGGAAAGUCUUGAUGUUCCUACAGCUAACCUUGUGUGUAAGAUGCGAAGAGUGAGCCUUGAAUGAUGAUGAGGUAAUGUAAGAGAUGUUUGGAUUUUUGAGUUGUAUUUAUAGAUGAGAGUAGUUGUGAAUUCGGUAUAACUAUUCGUGGAGACAUUUAUAUAUGGAUUAAAGAGAAUUAUGAUUUUGUCGGAUUGAACACAUAAAACAGUCAGUGCGUACAUUUCAGACAGUUAGAAAAGAAAUACACCAACGGGUUUCAAUCAA